AGGGUUAUGGCAGAAUUUGUAAUGUCUGACGUUAACUUGGGCGCGCAGAAAGAAAGAGCACAACUAAAAGGGACCCAAAGUGGAUAUUUUCUGGCGCAUGGGACGUAUUACGACAACUGGCAGAUUUGUGCUGAAGGCACCAACAGCCCACUUCACUGAUGAGGUCCAAAGCACCCAUGACUGAGGACUGAGCAGCCCUCACCACAAGUGCACACUCCUGGCGUAGCACAGGCCCAGUGCCUGUGGUUCCCCUCAGGGUCCAGUCCGGCUCUCCACAUUUUCUGCUUAAAUCUGUCCCUGGGAUCUUUCAAAACUGUUUCUCCAACGCUUCUACCAAAAACUUAGACUGUUUUCUAAAGCAGAGGCUGUCCAGCCCUCCCAGGUGGAAGUAAUGGGGAGUGUGCGAAGCCACCGAUACAGCAUUGUGUCCUCAGAGGAAGAUGGGAUGAAGCUGGCUACCAUUGCCGUUCCAAAUGGCUAUGGAAAUGGCAAUGUCAACAAGGUGCACACUCAGCACCAACACCAGAGCCGCUUUGUCAAGAAGGAUGGUCACUGCAAUGUGCAGUUCAUCAACAUGAGUGAGAAGGGCCAGCGCUAUCUGGCAGAUAUCUUUACUACCUGCGUAGAUGUCCGCUGGCGCUGGAUGCUGCUCAUCUUCUGCCUUUCUUUCCUCCUCUCAUGGCUGUUUUUUGGUUUUGUCUUUUGGCUAGUGGCCCUCACUUAUGGGGACUUAGAGAAUGAGACUCAGAUGUGUGUUUCUAAUGUGGACAGCUUCACGGCUGCCUUCCUGUUCUCGGUGGAGACCCAGACAACCAUUGGCUAUGGGUAUCGCUAUGUCACAGAGGAAUGCCCCAUUGCUGUCUUCAUGGUUGUAUUCCAAAGCAUUGUGGGCUGCAUAAUUGAUGCAUUCAUCAUUGGUGCUGUCAUGGCAAAGAUGGCCAAGCCCAAAAAGAGGAAUGAGACCCUCGUAUUCAGCCACUAUGCCACAGUGGCCAUGCGGGACAACAAACUAUGCCUGAUGUGGCGUGUUGGGAACCUGAGGAAGAGUCACCUGGUUGAGGCCCAUGUUCGGGCCCAGCUCCUGAAGUCUCGCACCACAGCUGAGGGGGAGUUCAUCCCUCUGGAUCAAGUAGAUAUUGAUGUGGGCUUUGAUAGUGGCAUCGACCGAAUCUUUUUGGUGUCUCCUAUCACCAUUGUGCAUGAAAUUGAUGAGGACAGCCCAUUCUAUGAGAUGAACAAGCAGGAGUUGGAGACAUCAGAGUUUGAGAUUGUGGUGAUUCUGGAGGGCAUGGUUGAGGCUACGGCCAUGACAACUCAGUGUCGGAGCUCCUACGUGGCCAGCGAGAUCCUUUGGGGCCACCGUUUUGAACCGGUGCUCUUUGAGGAAAAGAACUUCUACAAGGUGGACUAUUCUCGCUUUGACAAUACCUAUGAGGUGCCCAGCACACCGCACUGUAGUGCCAGGGAACUAGCUGAGAAGAAGUCCAAUGCCUCUAGCUCAAGGAACUCCUUCUGUUAUGAGAAUGAGGUGGCUCUCGAAAAAGUAGAGAUGGAGGAAGAUUUUGAGGAAGAUGAAAACGGGGAGAUAAGGGAUGUCAAAGGCGGUGGCAUUGAGAAUGCUGCACUUGAAGACAUAAACACAGAUGUGCUGUCAGACUCUGAACAGAAUUCGGACUCCACACCUUCAGAAUCGAGGCCUUUGAGAAUAGAGUCAGAAAUAUGACCCCACGGAUGUUGAAGGGUUAAAUACUACCACAGGCUAUGUUAAUGUUAGCUUGGUCUUUGCUCCUGAUUGCUGUCCUGAUUGCUGUUGAUAUACCGCAUGACAGUUUGUAAAGGACUGUGUUAUUUGAAUCUAAAUGUCUUUAUGCAGAAGCUCAGGCACCUGAAAACAUGAAAACCCAAACAUAUUAUAUCCAAUUUGAUGACAAAUAAUGGUGAUAAAUUACCUUACCUCCUGGGCUUUGUGGGGCCACAAGACUAAGAUGAAAUAGCAGUGCCCACUGUGUGUGCAGUCUGUGUAUACUGCCCCUUUGAUUUAAACUGCUUCAGUAGUCAAGUGUUUUCACAAAAAUGACAAAUUCAGCUCAGAGUUUGCAAAAAACAAAACAAUUUAUAAAUUCUCCUGGGACAGUCUAAAUAAAUUUUACAAAUUUUCCAUUCCUGCUUACGGCAGGAUAAAUGAAUUGAUAAUUGAAUUGAAUAAAGGGAAUCAAAAUUUUAUUUCAUUCAAAAAGGAGGAUCUCAAUGAACCUGAAGCAUGGAGAUUUAUUAUUGGUUAGUUUUUAAAUGCCAAUUUAUUUUUUAUUUCCCCUUUCUACCAUGACAGUAGUUUCACAGUGUCUUUGUAACUUAUUAAAGGCUAUUAACAACAGUUUGAUGGCCACCUUCAGAAAUACAAGUUGAUGUUUGUUAAUGAGCUGGUCUCUUAGCAAAGAUUAUUUGUAGUCUUCUUCUGUGUGGUCUUCUUUGUGGUGGUCUUAGUUUGCUCUCUUGGCAUGUGUAAGCAUGUGUGUAAAAGAGAGAGUGAGGCAGGAGAAAGCUGUCUUGCACAGAUUAUGAGCACAUGAACAUUUUUGCUGUUCUGUCCAUUUCCCUCUUGUCUAAGUAUAGCAUCUUUUGCAAUGUGAGCCUUAACACAAGCCUCAGUCCCAUUGGAGGCAGUUUUGAGGUUUAACACUGACAGAGCACAUGUUGCAUUAGAUAUGAUAGGAAGAAGCAUUACGGAGUUUGUAGAUGCACAGAAUACUGCCACUACCAGCGAACCUCCUCAUUUUAAUGUGCAAUAUACUUCAGUGGUAGAAAGUGAUUACGAUGUCUCAGGAAGCUAAGCCCUGAGCUGGGAAUGACUGAGCUCAUGAAUGCUGCUGAAAAGUGCUGCUAAGUUACAUAUUGUACGUUCAGAACGACAUCUAGGAGCCAAAUUGUAUUAUUUGUCUUUUGAAGUAUCCAUUUUGAAUAAAAUGGUUAAACGAGCCUAUAAUAUUUUUUAGUUCCAGAGGUAGACGAGCAUGAUUCUUUCAGUGUGUUAUCCAAAGCUAUGGUGCACUUUCUUCCUCACAUGACAAUUUUCCCCAUAAUAGUAGGAACUGUUUGAUUACCCAAAGCCAAAUGUGUAUAUAAUAUAUAUAUAUAUAUAUAUAUAUAUAACAACCAUGAGUCAUCUGUUAGUUGUGAUCUGAUUUGAAGUCCAAACUUUUCCUCAUCUAACAGUAGCUGACUGUUGAAACACUGAAGUAAAUUAUUUGAGUUGAUUUUGAUUGUAGUCUACUUUAUAUAAACAUCAGUGUUCGUGGCAUGGCAUUUGUGUAGGAUUUGGGCACAUCUCAGUUAACCCUGUUGCUCUACCACUGAGGGUCUUGUGAAGAAAGCGGUUUGUCGUUUCUGAAUGGGCCCAUGCUUUGUCGUUUUAAACAUGAAAUUAGGUCAGCUAAUUUGCUUUUCAGUCACAAACACAAAACGUGAACAGAGAGAACACACUUGUUGGUAUUCAGUCUUACAAAAGAUUGAGCUUUAAGUUUUUGUUUUUAUCCCACAUGAACUGGUUUUAUCUUAACACGUUAAUACUUGGAGAAUGUUUCUUUCAGUGGAAACCAAAACACUGCAUUGCUUCUCUGAGUAAGGAAAUCCAUUUCAGCAUUUUAUCUGUUCUCAUAUUGACACCUCUCCUGUCUUAGGUCUUUAUUUUUCUACCAGGGUCUUCCUACCUUCCUGCACAAACCAGAGACUGUACAGAUUUUUUUUUUUAUCUUUUGUAAAUUAUAAUGAGGAUACUGUAUUAUUGCAGUUGUUGAAAACUGUUUAUGUUCUUUUUUCAAUAAAAAAGUCAAA